UUGUGUUCUUUCUCUCUUUCUCUUUUGCUGCACUCUGACUGCUUGUCCUUCCGAUCACACGGCUUUCCUCUCUUUCUUUUUUAAAUCUGUCUGUCCUCAUUGUCGCCCACGUCUAUAUCUCUCUCUCUCUGUCGCCCAAGUGUCUUUAUCUCUCUCUCUUUCUCGCUCUCUCUGUCGUUCACCCUGCUCUCUCUGUGGAACAGCUCUAACUAACAUACGACUCAAGUGAAUUCAACAUGAAUCAAAUGUGAAUCGUUCAUGUGUGAGUCUGAACUAAAUCUAAAGCAAAUCAUAAGUGACUCAGAACAGACAAUGAGAAUAAAAAGAGUAGGGGACACAGAGUAAUAGGUGAACCAAGUGAAUCAAGUGAAGAGAAGGGGGAAGUGUGAUAGUGUAGAUACAGGUUCUGGGGGCUGGUCAUGCUGGAGCUAGAGAGCAGAGGGAGACAGUGGAGGUUCUGGGGGCUGGUCAUGCUGGAGCUAGAGAGCAGAGGGAGACAGUGGAGCUUCUGGGGGCUGGUCAUGCUGGAGCUAGAGAGCAGAGGGAGACAGUGGAGGUUCUGGGGGCUGGUCAUGCUGGAGCUAGAGAGCAGAGGGAGACAGUGGAGGUUCUGGGGGCUGGUCAUGCUGGAGCUAGAGAGCAGAGGGAGACAGUGGAGGUUCUGGGGGCUGGUCAUGCUGGAGCUAGAGAGCAGAGGGAGACAGUGGAGCUUCUGGGGGCUGGUCAUGCUGGAGCUAGAGAGCAGAGGGAGACAGUGGAGGUUCUGGGGGCUGGUCAUGCUGGAGCUAGAGAGCAGAGGGAGACAGUGGAGGUUCUGGGGGCUGGUCAUGCUGGAGCUAGAGAGCAGAGGGAGACAGUGGAGGUUCUGGGGGCUGGUCAUGCUGGAGCUAGAGAGCAGAGGGAGACAGUGGAGGUUCUGGGGGCUGGUCAUGCUGGAGCUAGAGAGCAGAGGGAGACAGUGGAGGUUCUGGGGGCUGGUCAUGCUGGAGCUAGAGAGCAGAGGGAGACAGUGGAGGUUCUGGGGGCUGGUCAUGCUGGAGCUAGAGAGCAGAGGGAGACAGUGAGACCUAGGAAAUGCUGCUCAUGGAGAUCAGACAUACACAUGCACACAAAUACUCACACACACGCUAUCGCAGGCAGAUGUUGUAAACACACACACAUACCUGCACACACGCAGAAACAGAUGUGUAAACACACCCCUCCACACACACACACACAGUCAGCCACCAGUAAGUAGCAUUACAUCUGGUGUAACAGCUGCAGCCGCAGCAGGAGGUUCUAGAAGACCUCAGGCAUCCCCCACCAUGACCUCUGACCUUGGAGAGGUCACAGCUGACCGUUUACCCCCUGAGGCUGAGUAGGGAAGACACAGGGAGAAAUCUGGAAAUCUCUCACUGAGAUGCAAGUUAGUUAGUUCCUUAGUUAGUCAGCUAGCCACCUAGUUAGCUAGCCAGCUAGUUAGUUAUUCACUCAGAUCUUACAGUAUAUGCAAUUGGGACAGAGUUACCUCCACCAACCAGGUGCUAGGGCUAGUUUCUCUUCUCUAUAUGACCAGAUACUCAGAGAGAAUCCUGUCCACUCCCACACAUGUUAGUAUGUCCACAGUCUCCCCUCUAAAAAAAAAAGAAAGAGGUUUGGCUUGGCAUUUCAGUCCAGAAAUGCCUGCACAAUAUGUUUGUCUUUGCCAAAGACCAAGACACAAUGUCAUGCUGUUUGGGCUAUGCUAUGAAACCAGCUUGGGGAGGGGAGUGGUAGAGCUAGUGUCUCUGUGUAGAAAAGUUCCCCAUUCCUCUAGCUAUCAAUGGAGAACAAGGUUUCAAUACAGCAUGGGAAGCUAUAGGUUUCAAAGCAGCAUGAGUAGACUGCACUGUUUCAGUAUUUCAGUGCAUGUGUUCGUGGGUUCAGUCACCUUGCUUAGUGUUGGAUGAUGCAUUGCACAGUGCUAGAGUUGUUGAGAGUAGUUUGAAUGGAACAAUCCAUUUUUAUAUAGCAUGUAACAGCUAUACAGAAAGCUGAAAGUACAGUGCAACUUAACCUUGUAGAAGUAGUCUGUCAUAAUACAGCAUGCUAACCGUGUCUGAGUUCCUGUCAGUGAGUGAACUCAGCAGCUACCUUCUAGGAAUGGUCUCCUACUACUUCUUCUCUCUUCUAUUUGAAUCAAGAGGGGCUACGCCAGCUUCCUCCAUGUCCCGCCCCCUCCCUCUCUGACUGUUUGUGUGUGUGUGUGUGUGUGUGUCCA